GGAUGGUGGGAGGUAGAGAAAUUUACCGACAUUCCAGCCAGUGUUGCCAUUGAAAUUGAAAAGCAGACUUACAUCACAGUCCUAGACAAUGGGGCUUUAGAACUUUGGAAUCACAAUGACUCUGGUGAGCAUCAACUUUAACAAAAACCCAGCUUUAAAAUGCAUGUUUAUGAUUUUUUGUUAUCAUAAAGUUUUGUUGUUUUUGGUCAAAAACUGCUUUAUCAACAAAUUUUAAAAAUUAAUUUCAAUUUCAGUUCCUUUCUUUUUUCAGGAGAGGGACCCACCAACCCUUCUGAUAUUUUCACAGCCAUUAGGAUAGAUACUUCAAACGUUGCCUUUAAGUCUAUGAAUGGCAAAUACUGGAGUUUACAAACUGAUGGCAGAGUUGUUAGUAUAGCUGAUACUGUUGGGACCAGGGAACAGUUUGAACCUGUGUUUCAGGAAGUUAGUCAGUAAUACUAUUUCUUAGUAUAAUAAAUAAAUGUACAUCAUCAGUAUUUUAAUUUACUUUUUAAUGGCUGAUUCAUUGCUAUUGCAAUAUAGUGGUAACAGGUAACUAAAGCUAAUUUUUUAUGAUUGUGGUUUUAGAUUUCAUUAACAUAAAGACAGCUUUAAAAUAUACAUAUUUUUUAUAUCACGUUUGUAAAAAAUAUAAUCAUUUUUUUUAAGUUAAAAGAGUUUAAUAAUUUCUAUUUCCACUUGGUGUGUCUUACAACAAAAUCUUAACUGAACAAUAAUUUUUUUUUAAGGACAGCUGAUAAACAGUAACUAAAAUUCAUUAUAUCAUUCUUCUUCAAAUAAUCGUAAUAAAUUUAUAAUACAUUUAAAAGAGUUAAUAUUUUGUAUUUCCACCAUUUGUCUACAUAACAAAAUCUUAACUCUACCAUUAUUUUUUGUUUCAACUACUGCUGAUGAACCAUAUAAAAUAUUCUAGUACUGUACCAAACUAUUCAUUUUUUUUUAAAUUUUACUGGUGAAAGUUCCUUAACUUUGUCUCAACUGCAUUAUACGAUUCUUAUUCACAUAAAAGUGAUACAUUUAUUAUUAAAAAUAUAACCUGUUAUAUUAAUAUUAAAAUUUAAUUAGAUAUAUUUUGUGUAUUUUUCAGGGCAAGAUGGCAUUAAUUGGUCACAACAACCUUUUCUUGUCUUAUAAUGAAGAUGGUGACAUUGUUUGUGAGAGUUGUACAGCUGACCCAAAAAUGUGGUUCAAACUAAGAUCAAAUACUGCCAGAAUGAAAGAUGCAGUGUAA